GUCAGGCGGGCUCGAACAGCAUUUACUUAUGAACAACUUGUUGCACUUGAAAAUAAAUUUAAAAGCACCAGAUAUCUAAGCGUUUGUGAGCGGCUUAAUCUCGCUGUCGCUCUUCAACUCUCAGAAACUCAGGUGAAAAUAUGGUUUCAAAAUAGGCGAACGAAAUGGAAAAAGCAUAAUCCUGGAAUGGAUGCUAAUGCUUCUUUAUCACCACAUACACCUGAUCUCGAUAAUUCUAGUCUAACAAAUGGCAGCAAUAUUCCAGCAAUAUGUCAGACUAUCCCUAGUUCUUUAUUUACUUCUUCACUUAGCUCAUUGACAUCGUCAUCAUUUCCUUUCACAUUAUUCACAUUUCCAACACAAUCUCUUCUAUAUCAACCUUCAUCUUUAACUUUUAUUUGA